AAAUUGCCGAAAUCGGAUAGUGCCGAUUUUGUGGAAGCCCCAAAAUUCCAAUACGACAUGGAUUUCGAUUUACGUGCAUUAAAAGCGGCACUAAAAUCAGCAGAAUUUCUGGAGGAGUCCGGCUAUCAGUCAGUCUUGGAACGAUCACAGAACAAUCAGUAUGGCACUGGAUGGCUUAUCAAUGAGAAUAUGAGCGACGUGGACAGCGAUGCCGAUGAUAAUUGGGGAAAGCGUGGGUAA